UGAGACAUGUGGUUGGCUUGGCUUGUUUACUACCGUUUAUUUGCUUUAUCUUUUGGUAUAUAAAAACGAAAUCUUGAAAGUGCAUACAUACUUAUCUGUCUAGAGUUUUGACGUGAAUUGUGAAUUUUCAGAAUGUUUACGCAAUGAGAACAAGUUAUCUCAGAUAAGAAAAAUCUUAGGAUAAAAUUGCUGUCAGCUGGAGUUUUCAAAGAAAUAUUUUUUGGUCUGGCAGAGAAUUUGACAAGGGAAUUGAAUGAGAAUUGAAAUUUGGACAGUCUGCACCUGUUUGUAAAUCACACAGGAAAUCGACAAGAGUUUCCUUAUAUGAGAAGUUUUUCUUCCAUUGGCCUGGUAUAAUUUCAAUUGUGGCAUCAUUAUGAUUCGUUGUUUUAACUAUUUGAAGAAAUUAAGUUCUUUGAAUUAUAAUUUUCGACUGUAUUCGAGUGCUGCUGCCCCUAGUGGAGUUCCAUAUAAGUCCCUGAAAAAUGAUGAUAUAUCAGCUCCUGCUUCUCUACCAACUUCAGCAGAUGUUGUAAUAAUAGGUGGUGGAAUAAUAGGUUGUAGUACUUUAUAUCAUUUGACUAAAUUAGGCUGUUCAAAUGUUGUGUUACUUGAAAAGGAUCAGCUAACAGCUGGUACAACCUGGCAUACAGCAGGUUUGAUUUGGAGACUCAGACCAAAUGAUACCGAUAUCCAAAUUUUGAACCAUACUAGGCACUUGUUAAAUGAUGUUCUUGAAAAAGAAACUGGUGUUCACCCAGGCUGGAUCAACAAUGGAGGAUUGUUUAUUGCAAAUUCUAAAGAGAGACUGAAUGAAUACAAACGUCUGAUGACUAUUGGUAAAGCAUUUGGCAUUGAAUCCUAUGUCCUAUCUCCUGAAGAAACAAAGAAACUCUAUCCUUUGAUGAACGUAAGUGACUUAUAUGGAACUUUAUAUAGUCCUGGGGAUGGAAUAGUUGAUCCUGCUGGAUUUUGUACAUCUUUAGUUCGAGGAGCAACAAAAUCUGGAGCAAAGGUUGUUCUUAAGUGCCCUGUUACUGGUAUUGAUGUAUCUGAAAAUGAAUUUGGUACAAAGCAAGUGAGUGCUGUGCACACAGCAAGUGGAACUAUCAAAACCAACUGUAUUGUUAAUUGCACUGGUAUUUGGGCACCCUAUAUUGGACAAAUGGCUGGUGUAAAAGUUCCAUUAAUUGCUAUGAAGCAUGCUUACAUUGUGACUGAUAAAAUUGAUGGAAUACAGAAUAUGCCAAAUGCUCGAGAUCAUGAUUUAUCUGUUUAUUUGCGUCUGCAAGGGGAUGCUCUUUCUGUUGGAGGAUAUGAAUCAAAUCCUAUAUUCUGGGAAAAGGUUGAAAAAAAUUUUGCAUUUGGACUUUUUGAACUCGACUGGGAUGUUUUUGGCACACAUUUAGAGAAAUCUAUGCACCGCCUCCCAGCAUUAGAACACACAGGAAUAAAGUCAACCGUAUGUGGACCUGAAUCGUUUACUCCAGAUCACAAGCCUUUAUUAGGUGAAGACCCUGCAAUUCGCGGUUUUUAUCAUGGCUGUGGAUUUAAUAGUUUGGGUAUGAAUGCUGGUGGUGGAAGUGGUCGAGAGUUAGCACGUUGGAUAAUACAUGGAAGACCUGAAUUAGAUAUGUAUGGAUAUGAUAUUAGGCGUUUUUCAGAAAAACUCACUGAUAACAGAAAGUGGAUUAAGGAGAGAAGCCAUGAGUCUUAUGUGAAGAAUUACUCCAUUGUUUAUCCUCAUGAUGAACCACUUGCUUCACGAAACAUGAGGAAGGAUGCAUUCUUUGAAGAAUUACUGAAUGCUGGUUGUGUAUAUCAAGAAAGACUUGGAUUUGAGAGACCUGGCUGGUUUUCUUCAGAUGGUCCUGCUCCUGUCUUGAAUUAUGAUUAUUAUGGAAGCUAUGGGACACCUGAACACAAAAAUUAUGCAUAUGUUGAGAGAUUAAAAGAAGAUUAUACUUUCCAGUUUCCAAGGCAUCAUGACAUUAUUGGAAAGGAGUGCAUUGGCUGUCGAAAGAAUGUUGCUUUAUUUAAUAUGUCCUACUUUGGAAAAUUUUUCCUUAGUGGUCCAGAUUCUCAAAAGGCCGUUGAUUGGAUCUUUUCUAAUAACAUUCAGAAACCAUCGGGAUCUACUGUUUACACUUGCAUGUUGAAUAAAUCUGGGAAAGUUGAAGCUGAUCUCACUGUUAGUUCUGUUCCUUCUGAUGUCAAUUCUUUAUUUGAAUUGAAAGAUUCUUGCUUCUAUGUUGCUGCUGGUGGAGCUGCAGCACAACAGAGCUUAACUCAUAUUCGAAAUAUUAUUCAAGAUGAAAAAUUUAGAGUUUCUAUCUCAGAUGCAACUGAGAGAAUCGGACUUCUUAGUGUUCAAGGACCAAAAAGUCGUGAACUUCUGCAAUCACUAACAGAUAGUGAUUUAAGUGAUGAAAAGUUUCCUUUUUCAACUAAUAAAAUAAUCACCAUUGCUGACUGUAAGGUGCUAGCAAUACGUCUUUCAUUUGUUGGUGAAAUGGGUUGGGAAUUGCAUAUCCCUUAUGAUAGCUGUGUACAAAUUUACAAAGCUUUAAUGGAGAAAGGAAAAGCUUAUAAUAUUGUAAAUGCUGGUUAUAGAGCUAUUGACUCCCUUAGUCUCGAAAAAGGUUAUCGGCAUUGGCAUGCCGAUCUGCGAUUGGACGACACGCCUUUGGAAGCUGGUUUAGGUUUCACCUGCAAACUGAAGUCAGAAACACCUUUCCUGGGCAGGUCUGCUCUGGAAAAACAAAAAAAGGAAGGACUCAAAAAAAGAUUGGCAUGUUUCACUAUUGACGAGCACGUUCCGCUGUGGGGAUUAGAAGUUAUAUGGCGUGAUGACCGUGUUGUGGGAUUCCUCCGACGGGCCGAGUUCGGAUUCGCCAUUGGCAAAAGCAUUGGAUAUGGAUAUGUUACUCAUCCGGAUGGUGAAGUGGUCACUCAGGAGUUCCUAAAGUCCGGCACUUAUUACCUCGAGAGCAUGGGUACUAAAUAUCCAGCAAAAUAUCAUGCGAAAUCGCCAUUUGACCCGAAUAAUUUGAGAGUGAAAGGCAUCUAUAAUGAACCAUUACCUAUUGACCAUUAAUCGUCAUUUGUUUUGAUAUGUAUAUGUAGGGGGAAAAAAAGUACUUCAUGCACUUUUGCAAUAGCUAUUUUUUCUUAGAACUGUUUUGCUAAUUACAAUUUAAGUAAAACCUUUUUCGUACUAUCAAAUUUGAAGUGUAUUAGGUUUUUAUAUUUUAAUAGUUUAAAUACAUAUUCCAAAGUUUUUUAAACAAUUGUAUUUCUUCGUGCUUGUUGUUGAUUUUAAACGUAAAUUCUUGCGUAAAAUGGCAUAUAAUGAAAUAAGCCAGUAGAACAUUGUUUAGUAUGAUAGAAAAUUAAAAUUUUAUUAUCUAUAUUCACUUUAUUUUAUUUAAGAAAAUGGUUCAAAUUCAAAUAAUUUAAUAAUUAUUGAUUGCUUAUUAAAAAAGACAAAAGCAUACGUAUUUUUUAGUUUGUGUCUUUAUUCGGAGUCAAAACCCAUAAUCAAAGAAGUCAUGCUUUAUUAUUUCUUUGACACCUGAGUAUAUGUAUGUCUACAGUUUUUUAAAAAUCUUUUUCAUCUUUUUGACUUAGCACAUUUAGUUUUUUAAGCAUGAUGUUUGAAGAUUUUUGUGCCAAUUAUUUACAGAUUAACAGUUAUAUUAUUUUUAUUAUAAGUUACUUGUUGUGUUUAAAAAUAUUAUUUUUGUAGCCAUAUUUCUGCCUUCUUCAAUCAGAUUUUAUUUAAUGAAACUAUGAUAUUUAACAAUCACUAUGCAACAGUUAACUAUUUUUUGAGCGUUUCUUUUAGCAAAUUAUUUUAAUAAAAGUACAAAUUCU